GUCGGACAUGGCGGGCGCUGUCGUUCCUGGUGGCACUGCCGGCGGUGGGGGUCUGCAUGCUCAAUGUCUGGCUGGAGCAGCGCCGGCACAAGCGUGUGCCCCCCAAGUUUGUGCCGUACCACCACCUCCGCAUCCGCACGAAG